AUGAUGAGCAACCUUUCUCGUCAUCAAGCCAAUUGCACUUCCCUCAGUACCGCCCUCUCCCCCACGCCGACGUUUGCACGCAUCGUCAAGAACCGCAGCACCGAGAAGUUCUCGUCCACGCCAUACGUCGCCAGCGUCUUCUCAAACGCUAUAUGGCUCCUAUACGGGCUGGUCACGCCCAACAGCCUAUUCGUCAUCACCAUUAGCUCGGUUCUGGUCAUCAUCUAUGGCACCUACUGCGCGCUCUUUUGGAAACACGCCGUGACGUUUGAGACCAGGGUUGCGACGGAGCGGCUGCUGUUCGGAGCCGCGCUCGUCAUCUCGGUUACCGCGGCAAUCACGUGGGGGGCCGUUCCGGAAGACCGCCGGACGCUUCUGCUGGGGCUGUUCGGUGACGUUCUGUCCGUCAUCCAGGCAAGGAUUUCGUUUGUUUUCGGAAACAGAAUGCAUGUAUGGAAUGUGGCCGCUCCGCUUUCCGUUCUGGGCAUGGUGUUCCGCACCAAGAGCGCGGAAUACCUUCCGCUGCCCCUCUGCGUCAACAACCUCAUCAACAACACAGUGUGGGGGGUGUACGCCAUACUCAAAGCGGACGUGUUCGUCGGGGCCCCGUGCAUUCCCGCGGUCCUACUGGCGCUUGCCUCCGUGGCUCUCAUCUUUCAUUACGGGGACGGCUCGAAGACGGCCGCGGGCGCGCGUGCGGCCGCGAGCGGCACCGCUGACGUCACAUACGUGGGCGGCGGAAGCAUGCACGGCGGCGUGUCGGUCCACCGGGGGGCGUCGCAGAGAGGCCGCCCAAAUAAGCUGGACAUGGGCGCGCCGCUGCUGGAACGGAUCGACAGCAUGCCGGAAUCGCCGACCGGAACGAACGGAAACGAGCUUCACUCGGCGGUCUUCGUCAUCUCAGACGAGGAGGAAGUACACGGGGCCCGCAACUUCCACACCCCGACUCAGAGCGGUCCGCAAAACACCAAAGGCGGCGAGACAGAGGGCCGAGGAACCCCGACAGCGACAGCGACGCGCGAGGAGGCCGUUGCUGACGUGGCUUCAAGGCGAGCUGCUGAGAAGCUGACGGAAGCAAGCCAGGGGCAGAGCGGCGCCAGGAUGCCGGCCUCCUUUCGAACGAGCGUGUCAAGGCGAUCCUCAUUUUCUCAGCAAGAAGGCCUAUAA